CCGGGCGGGCGGGAUGUUCCGAGGGCUGAGUAGUUGGUUUGGCUUGCAACAGCCGGCGGCGGUGGACGAGCCAUCCCAAGGAGACGGGCAGUCAGCGGGAGACAGUCCACCUGAGCAGCCCUCGGAGACGGUGGCGGAGUCCACCAAGGAAGAGCAGCAGUCUACGGAGGACCAAGAGUUCCUCCACCAGGCCAGAGGCCUCAGCAACUAUCUAUAUAAUUUCGCAAGUGCUGCCACAAAAAAGAUAACUGAAUCAGUUGCUGAAACGGCACAGACAAUAAAGAGAUCUGUAGAAGAAGGAAAAAUAGAUGACAUCAUUGAAAAGGUACACUUAAAUAUCUUUUGGAAGGAGAUGAGAAGAUUCACACAAGAGAAGGGGACAUACAAAGGGAAAGCAGCUGUGCCCCCAUGGGUCGACAGUAAUGAUGAAGAAACAAUUCAACAACAAAUCUUGGCCUUAUCCGCUGACAAGAGGAAUUUCCUUCGCGACCCUCCAGCUGGUGUGCAAUUUAAUUUCGACUUUGACCAGAUGUACCCCGUUGCCCUGGUCAUGCUCCAAGAGGACGAGUUACUGAGCAAGAUGAGAUUCGCCCUGGUUCCUAAACUGGUGAAGGAAGAAGUGUUUUGGAGGAACUACUUUUACCGCGUCUCCCUGAUUAAGCAGUCAGCUCAGCUUACUGCCCUGGCCGCCCAGCAGCAGGCCUCAGGAAAGGAGGAGAAAAGCAACAAUAGAGAGAAUGAUUUGCCUCUGACAGAGGCAGUACGGCCCAAAACGCCACCUGUCGUAAUCAAAUCUCAGCUUAAAACUCAAGAGGAUGAGGAGGAGAUUUCUACUAGCCCAGGCGUUUCUGAGUUUGUCAGUGAUGCCUUCGAUGCCUGUAACUUAAAUCAGGAGGAUUUAAGGAAGGAAAUGGAGCAACUUGUGCUUGACAAAAAGGAAAAUGAGACAGCUGGACUCGAAGAAGAUUCUGCUGAUUGGGAAAAGGAGCUGCAACAGGAGCUUCAAGAAUAUGAAGUGGUGACAGAAUCAGAGAAGCGGGAUGAAAAUUGGGAUAAAGAAAUAGAGAAGAUGCUCCAGGAAGAAAACUAGCUGCCUCCUGAAAUUAAAAUAAUAAUAAUAAUCCUUAACAUUCUACAAAGUGACAUGAAAUUCUAAAUGUUAAGCGUUCGCUCGAUGAGUCAGAAGGCACAAGAGCGUAACUUUAUGAAAUUCCAAAUUAUUCUUUUUUCCAGCUGACACUUGCCUCUUCUACUUUAAAAAAGUGUAUAGAACGGUUAUUCUAAUAAUCAAGAAAAGGGAUGUUUUAUGGGUAGCAUUUCUUUAAUAUAAAUUGAAUUAGAGAUGUUCUUAUAGGCAGUAGGGAAUAUCUUUGCCACAGAAACACAGGUAAAAUUUUAGGUUAUGUUUUCCACAAGGACAGAAAUAUAAUUUAGUCUUCAGUCGUGGUUUUCAAAACAUUCAUAUUCCUCAUUGCAUUUUUGUUGAUACAUGAUGUUAAAGUACUUAAUGGAUUGAUUACUAUCAAAAUGACCAAAUUAUACCAAAGAACUUAAGAGGAAGCACUUUCAGGACUAUUUCUUUGCUAGGUAUUUUCUAAAAUUCCAUCUGAAAGCCAAAAGGUAAAAUAGUGAAGUUGAUUUUAAUUAUAUAAACAUCACACAAUUUGACAUUAAGAUAAGCUAUAGCGUGGCACAGGGGGCACUCCUGUAGUCCCAGCAACUGAGGAGAGCAAGCCAGGAGAACCUCAAGUUUGAGGCCAGCCUGGGCAAU